AUGGCUCCCCCUCGACCCCCCUACGUCUGCCUCAAUUGCAGGCUGUUCGGCCGUCGGCCGUUCUCCUCGUCGGCUCGCCGACCAGACACCAUCCGACCCGCGACCGCCCCCAAACCCACCCCCGACGUCAAGCACAUCCGCCAAAACCCCGAGCUCUACUCGCAGAACUGCGUCGACCGCAACUAUCCCGCCCAUGCUCAAUACCCCCUUAAGAUCCAGCAGCUGUCCGAAGAAGCCCGGCGACUCGACCAAGAUCUCAAAACUCCGCGAUCGCGCAUCAAGGAAUUGGAAAGGGCUAUUGGAAAAAUCGCCAGUACCGCCAACAAUGGCUCCGAACCCAGCGAAGACCUGGCCUCCCUCCGCGCCGAAGCAACCCGUCUGAAAGAUGAAUCCAACACCAUGUCCACUCGCAAGUCCACCUGCGCUGACGAGAUCCACCGCCUGGCCCUGUCUCUCCCUAACCUUUCCUCCACCCACACCCCCAUCGGCGCCGACCCAACCCUGAUCAACUACAUCAACUUCGACCCCCAAUCACCUCCAGAAUGGGUGACUCGCCCCGACCCUGGCCGCUCCCACGUCACCAUUGGCACCAAUCUGGGUCUCCUCGACUUUACCAGCUCCGCCAUCACCACCGGCUGGGGCUGGUACUUCCUCACCAACGAGGGAGCCCUGCUAGAGCAAGCCCUGGUCCAGUACGCCCUCAGCGUCGCCCACCGUCACGGCUGGAAGCCCGUCUCCCCUCCUUCCCUCGUCUACUCCUAUGUCGCCGAAGCCUGCGGCUUCCAACCUCGCGACCAGCACAAUGAGCAACAGAUCUGGGCCAUUGAGCAGACCGAGAAAGACAAAUCCAAACCGCAGCGCUCCCUCGCCGCUACCGCCGAAAUCCCCCUCGCUGCCAUGCACGCCGGCCGCGACAUUUCCGCCACCAAGCUGCCCCUGCGUCUGGUGGGACCCAGCCGCUGCUACCGUGCCGAGGCGGGCUCCCGUGGUGUCGACACCAAGGGCCUUUACCGGGUGCACGAGUUCACCAAGGUCGAGAUGUUCGCCUGGUCAGAUAACCUCCCCGACACCGGCAAGGGCGGUGCCACUUCCGACGACCUCUUCACGGAGCUUCUAUCCAUCCAAACAGAGAUCCUCACCUCCCUGAACCUCCCUUGCCGCGUGCUGGAAAUGCCCUCCACCGACCUAGGCGCCAGCGCCAGCCGCAAGCGCGAUAUCGAAGUCCUCUUCCCGUCGCGACUGCGCGCCGCGGACAACAACGGCGUCCCGGAACUCGAAUCCGGCUGGGGCGAGGUCACUUCCGCGUCCAUCUGCACAGACUACCAGAGUCGACGCCUGGGGACCCGCGUUCGCGGCGGUCCGAUCAAGGAGUCCCGGUUCCCGCAUACCGUGAACGGCACGGCCAUGGCCGUUCCACGCGUGCUGGCUGCUAUCCUGGAGAAUGGAUGGGAUGCGGAACGCGGCGUCGUGGUGGUGCCGGAGGUGUUGAGAAACUGGAUGGGCGGAAUGGAGGUUAUUGGGAAGAACUAAUCUCCUCUGAAUGUGUAUAGAUGGAUGUAUGACUAGUAUGUUGAUUGAAUGACUGUAUUCUACUCCCUGCC